AUGAGGGUGAUCGCAUGUCUGCUCCUCGGGUUCGUGGCUAUGGCCACAGCCCGCCCCGAAGAAACGGAGUUCAAGCUAGAUGUAGUGGACAUCAAGCAUAAACAAAUCAUGAUACUGAAGCUGCUAAACAACAUCAUGGGUCCUGUUAUGUAUAAAGAUAUUGAAGAUAUUGGUAAAAACUUCAAAAUCGAAGACAACAUUGACAUGUACACUAGACGUGAAGUUGUCAAAGUUUUCUUAGACAAUCUUAAGUUUGGUUUCUUACCUCGUGGCGAAGUAUUUACUCUUCAUGUUGAUCGUCAACUUAAGGAAGUCGUUACCAUGUUCCAUAUGCUUUACUACGCUAAGGAUUUCAGUACCUUUAUCAAAACAGCUUGCUGGAUGCGCCUCUAUCUCAACGAAGGCAUGUUUGUAUACGCUCUUACUGUAGCUGUCAGACAUCGUGAUGAUUGCAGAGGAAUAAUUCUUCCCCCCCCAUACGAAAUUUACCCAUAUUAUUUCGUUCGCGCUGAUGUGAUUCAGAAAGCUUACAUGCUCAAAAUGAAGAAAGGUCUCCUCGAUAACAGGCUAUGUGAUUUCUAUGGAAUUAAGAUGACUGACAAGGAUGUUUAUAUUAUUGAUGAAAACGUUUUUGACCGUCGUGUCUACCUAAACGACGAAGACCGACUUAGAUACUUCACUGAGGACAUCGAUCUUAACACUUACUAUUAUUACUUCCACGUUGAUUACCCAUUCUGGAUGAAGGAUGACAUGACCAACAAACUCAUGAACAGGCGUUGGGAACUCACAUUAUAUGUUUACCAGCAACUUCUGGCGAGAUAUUACUUGGAGCGUCUCUCUAACGGUCUUGGUGACAUUAAUGUGCUUUCAUGGAACAAGCCUAUCAGAAGGGGUUACUGGCCUUGGUUAAUGCUCCACAAUGGUAUUCAGCUGCCAGUUAGAAUGAACAACUUUGUCAUUGAGCGAGACAACGAUAAGCUUUUAACACUGGUGAUGAACUGUGAGAAGAUUAUCACUGAAGCUAUUCUGAAAGGAUAUAUCGAGAUCAAUGGUAUUAGAUUGGAACUUACGAAGACUGAUGACAUUGAAGUGCUCGGAAAAUUAAUUUACGGCACCAUCGAAAAAACUGACUUAACUAAGAUUCAAGUAGAUGCCUACCGUUACCUUCUCAUCCUCAUGAAGGCUGUUAUUGGCAUGAACACAUUUACUGCUGACAAAUAUUUCGUAGUACCAACAAUUUUGGAUAGCUAUCAAACAGCUCUCCGUGAUCCGGUAUUCUACCAAUUGCAGAAGAGGCUUGUCAACUUAAUGAUCCUCUUCAAGAGACGUCUCCCAAGUUACACUCACGAGGACCUUUACUUCCCAGGUGUUAAGAUUGACAAUGUUGUAGUUGAUAAGCUGGUCACCUACUUUGACGAUUACUUAAUGGAUAUGACCAACGCUGUCGUUUGGAAUGAAGAUGAAUUGAAAAAGACAUCUGUUGACAUGGCUUUCCUUGUUCGUAAACGCCGCCUUAAUCACCAGCCUUUCAAACUAAGUAUCGACAUUUUAUCCGACAAGACUGUAGACUCCGUUGUAAGGAUUUUCUUGGGACCAAAAGAAGACCAUCUUGGACGCCUGUUGGACAUUAACAUCAACCGUGUGAACUUUGUAGAACUGGAUUCUUUCUUAUACAAACUGAACACUGGUAAGAACACAAUUGUAAGAAAUUCAAUUGACAUGCACAAUCUUGUCCGUGAUCGCAUUAUGACCCGUGAUUUAUGGAAGAAGCUCGAUGGCAUUACUGAUAUGAGAGACAUGUUACUCAAGGACUGGAGAAAUUACCACACUGGUUUCCCAACCAGGCUGCUUUUGCCUAAAGGUCGCGUUGGUGGCAUGAAGAUGAUGCUUUAUGUAAUCGUAACUCCAUUGAAGCUGGUCGACAAUGUUGACAUUUCAAUCCUUGAUGUUAACCGUAAAGACGUUGUCCGUGACUUUAGAAGUACAGUCCUUCUCGACAAAAUGCCUCUUGGAUUCCCAUUCGAUCGUCAAAUCGAUAUUGCUAAGUUCUUCACCCCUAACAUGAAGUUCUUGGAUGUCAUGAUCUUCCACAAGAAACAGGUGUGUGACAUGAAGACCCGCUGGGACCGUUAUGUCCUUAAAAAUUACGAUUUGGUUGACAGGACUUUCAUCAAUGACAAUUAUUUCAUUGAUGUUGAUAUUGACACCAAAAUCGACAGAAACAUCAAUUUAUUUGAUAUGUAA